UUGAGGACCCCAAGAGGGCGUGGUCUUGGCCGUCAUUGUUGGCGGCGCUGCACCGUUUCCUCCUCCUCCUUCCUCCUCGCGCUUCCCGUGCCUUCCCCCCAGCGCCAGCGGCCCUGGCUGGCAGGUGGUGGCCCCUUCCGUGGAUCCCUUCCCGCCCAGAUGGCUGCUCCGAUGAGCGACGCCCACCGCCAGUUCCUGCAGGCCCUCAUGGCCCUUGGCAUCGCGGAGCGGGCAGAGGCCGGGAGGCUGCACCGCCAGUGCUGUGAGCGACAUCAUGUCUAUUAUGGGCAUGAUAAACUGGAUGACUUCAUCAGCACCUUGAAUGUUCAACUGCAGCCAUUGUUUAUGGAGAUCAGGAAAGGCCUUGCGGAAGACAGCGGCAGGGCCUACUACGCUCUGGUGAAUCUGGCUGAGACUGAAGUCACCAAAAUGGCAAGUGACUACUCUGAAAGCGAACUGGAGUUGUUCAAAAAGACGAUGGAUCUGAUUGUGUUGUCUGGAAGCGGCUUUGUGUCCUCCACAGAGAUUUUGAACUUGGCUGACCAGCUGAAGCCAAAGAAGAUGAAGAAGACAGAGGCUGAACAAGUGCUGCAGAGUUUGGUGCAAGACAAGUGGCUCACGGAAAAAGAGGGGGAGUACACACUGCACCUGCGCUGCAUCCUGGAGCUGGAGGAGUACAUCCUGCGCCACUACCAAGACUCUGUCCACAAGUGCCACAUCUGCCACAGCCUUGCCAUUCAGAGUCAAGUAUGUGAGGACUGUGGGGUUGCAAUGCACCUGCCCUGCCUUGCCAAAUACUUCCAAGCACAAACAGAACCUCGUUGCCCGCAUUGCAAACAGUUUUGGCCACAUCAGAUUCCAGAGGUGAGUCCAGCGGGAUCCCAUCGGCUGUCCAGCACCGCAAAGGAGGGCAGGAGGAUCUCUCUGACGGCUCCAAGGCGACGAUAGCGAAGACUGUGUCCCCUUCCCAUGGGCACAGACGUGCAGCUGGAACAGAGGCCAGCCACACCUGCUAGUCCAGUUUCUUGGAGUCUGAAAUAAAAGUCUUUUGAGGUUUU